AUGUCCACCGGUGAUCAACAAACGUCCACUGCCACUACAGGGCAACCGCAUCUACAGCAACAGGACCUUUCGAAGUUGGAUAUUACGAAGCUGACACCGCUCUCGCCGGAAGUUAUUUCGCGACAGGCUACAAUUAACAUUGGCACCAUCGGUCAUGUAGCACACGGAAAAUCGACAGUCGUGAAAGCCAUCUCGGGUGUGCAGACUGUUCGUUUUAAGAACGAAUUGGAGCGCAACAUUACAAUUAAACUCGGUUAUGCUAACGCGAAGAUCUACAAGUGUGACAAUCCAAAAUGUCUACGACCAACGUGCUUCACGUCCGGGGGUUCAAGCAAGGAUGAUAGCUUCCCAUGCUACCGGCCGGCCUGUACCGGUCGCUUCCAAUUGGUGCGCCAUGUCAGCUUCGUCGAUUGCCCUGGUCACGACAUUCUUAUGGCAACCAUGUUGAACGGUGCCGCUGUCAUGGACGCUGCCCUGUUGCUAAUUGCGGGCAACGAAUCCUGCCCGCAGCCGCAAACGUCCGAGCAUUUGGCCGCGAUUGAGAUCAUGAAGCUGAAGCACAUCAUCAUCUUGCAGAACAAGAUCGAUCUGGUGAAGGAUACGCAGGCAAAGGAGCAGUACGAUCAGAUCGUAAAGUUCGUGCAGGGUACGGUGGCGGAAGGCGCCCCGAUCAUUCCGAUUUCCGCUCAGCUCAAGUAUAACAUUGAGGUGCUGUGCGAGUACAUCACGAAGAAGAUUCCCAUUCCGCCGCGUAACUUCAUCGAUGCGCCGCGACUGAUCGUGAUCCGUUCAUUCGACGUGAACAAACCCGGCUGCGAGGUGAACGAUCUGAAGGGUGGCGUUGCCGGUGGUUCGAUCCUGCGCGGAGUGCUUAAGGUCGGCCAAGAGAUUGAGGUUCGUCCGGGACUGGUGAGCAAAGACGCGGAGGGUCGGUUGACGUGUAAGCCAAUCUUCUCGAAGAUCGUAUCGCUGUACACGGAGCAAAACGAGCUGCAGUUCGCAGUGCCCGGUGGGCUGAUCGGUGUCGGAACCAAGAUUGAACCAACGCUUUGCCGCGCUGAUCGUUUGGUGGGUCAGGUGCUGGGUGCGGUCGGUGCACUGCCCAACAUCUUCAUCGAGCUGGAAGUGUCGUACUAUCUGCUGAAACGCUUGCUCGGUGUACGUACCGAGGGCGAUAAGAAGGGUGCCAAAGUGCAGAAGCUCGUUCGGCACGAAAUGUUACUGGUUAAUAUUGGUUCGCUCAGUACGGGCGGCCGUGUUGUGGCCACACGUGCCGAUUUGGCCAAGAUUGCUCUGACGAAUCCUGUCUGCACAGAGAAGAACGAAAAGAUUGCGCUCAGCCGACGUGUCGAGAAUCAUUGGCGUUUAAUUGGAUGGGGACAGAUUCGCGGCGGUACCGUCAUCGAGCCACUGAAGGAAAAUUAA